AUGGCGUUUAGAACGGGUCCUCCGCCUCCAUCAGGUAUGAAAUCUCAUAAUUAUACUAUACUUUAUUUAAAUUUUAAUAGUCUUUUCAUUGUUUUAGAUCCACAAUUAAGGCAUGCAAUCGAACGAAUGGCUGUGUAUGUGGCUCAAACCGGUCCACAAAGUGAAGUUGAAGCUAGAAGAGUUAAUUAUGGCAAUCCAGCAUAUCAGUUUUUGUUCAAUGGCGAAGGAUCUACGUAUUAUCAAUUUUGUUUGGCGAGAGAGAUUCAUAAUUGUAAGUUUUUUGUAUAUUGUUUAAAGUUUUAGGCUUUUGGAUAUAAAAAUAUUAGUUUUAAAGAUAGAUUUUUGAUAUUUUAAGUAGUGUUAGAAGUAUACCUUGACGAGGUUUCGUGUUAGUUUAGGAUUAAUAUCUUGCGACGUUUAAAUGAUAUGCUAUUUUUUAAGAUUUGUUAUGGUGACUAUUGAAGGCUUAUUGCUUAAUAUAGUUUUUGGUUUGGAACCUACAUUUAUAAAUAGUUGAAAGAGGGUUUAUUUAUGCUUUUUAAAAGUUUUUGUUUUAUAUUGACGAGUUUUAGGUGAAAUACGAUUUUUUAACAAUGACUUGAUAGUAAAUAUAAUCUAAAACAAAAAUAAAAAAUUUAUUUCAGUGUCCCAAAUAGCUCAAGGACAACCUCCACCACAAAUUCAGCCGUCGACAUCACGGCCAAUACCGUUAAACGCGAUUCCACCACCAUUAGCGCCACCUCAAGGGCCUCCGCCACCGUUGGCCCCUCCACCAACCUUAGCACCUCCUCAAACGCCGAAUAUUGAAGCUGAAAUAGCUGGUUAUGAAGCUCAAUUAGCUGGCUUCCAAGAGCAAAUAACUCAAAGUGAACGGAAUUUACAAGCUCAUCUUGAUUCGAUUCCAGAUCAACGAAAAGUAAGUUACAUUGACAUUGUUUUAGUUGGAUUUUAGUUUAAAACAGAGAAAAUGUUCAUGGAGAAGGAAGAAGAACGAAUUAGUGAGUUGAUGGCGAAUGCUGGGAUUGUUAAGGACGAUUUUUUGCCAUUGAUUGAUUCGCUGGCGGCUAGUGGAUCUAAGGACACAAUUUCUGUGAGUAUACCUUUUAUUAUUGUUGAAAUGAGUUAACUUAGAAUUCGCUUGAAAUUUUAAGCUUCAAGAUUAGUUUACUAACUAAAUAAUGAAGCUAUAACAAUCAAAAAGAGUAACUUUUACUUGAUAAUAACGGAAAUAUUAUUAAAAACCUCUUUUUUGUUGACUUUGUGAUGGUUAAUAUAGAAAACUAACGUUUGGCUAUAUUUUAGAAGGUCAAACACUGGAUUUUUGAUCAUGCAGAAACAGACCAGAAGCGUGAAGUUGUGUUAACGUUCUUUCUACACAGAUUCAGAUCGGCUGCUACAACUGAUGCGAUGAAACUUCACAUAUUAUACUUGGUCAACGAUUGGGCUUAUUAUUGGUAAGUUGAGGGCUAAACGUUGAUAAUUUUUUUGUAAAAUACGGUUUUUUAAAGGUCUUCAAAUGUAUAGUAAAAUAUAAGUUUUUUAAAAUAAUUUUAAUAUUUUCAGUGACAGAAAGAAAUUGACCAACAUUCGACAAACUUUAAGUCGAUAUGUACCUAAAUUCUUUGCAUUAGCGUCCCACAGCGGCACAUUGACAUCGAAAUUGGACAAAUUAGUUGGUGUUUGGGAAGGUGGUCGAUAUUUUGAUGACAGUUGCUUUAAAGUAGGUUUUUGCUGAUUUUUGGGGGUUUUCGGGCCUAAACUUCUUGAGUAAUAUAGGGACAAAUAUGGUUUUUUGUAGUGUUUUUAUGAAAGAGUGUGGUGAGAAAGGUACUUCUAGUUUGCUUUUAUGAUUUUUUUAGCUAUAUUGAGGCGGCAAAAAAGUUUUGUCGUUUUUUAACCUGAAUGACAGACGACGACAAAACUUUUUUGUGUUUUUAUAAGUGUAAAUUUUCAUCAUAGUAUUGUUGAUAUACAAUAUGUUUCCAUUUUAUAUAUUGUUACUUGUUUAGCAACUCCGAAACCCGUCCCAAGUGUACCAAAUGGACCAAAUUGCCCAAAAAGGCGAAAAACAAAAACUGGGAGAUGAAAUUGAAAAAGAACUCAGAAGCACGUACGAAACAUACAAAAAGCAACAUCAAGACUACGAAGCUCAUAUCCAGACCCAAAUGGCUAGUAUACAGACCAAAAUCGCCAAUCUAAAACAUCGAAAUCAGCUGGCAUCGAUGGAGAAUGUGGAUCUAAAGCCGAAAGGGGAAUAUUAUGAAUUACCAGCCGGAAUGAUGGUGACUUUGCUACCUCCGAAUGAAUUUGCCUUUAAACAGUUGAAGAAAGAGGACCUGAGACUACCUCCACCAAGUGACAUGAAUGACAUGUUGAUGAAUGAAAUUGAAAGGUUUUACAGUAUGGUGAAUGUGCCAAGAAUGGAGGAUCUGACAAAGUAAGCAAGCUUUUAUAUCUUUUUGUUAGAAAAGUUUAAUGGUUUGCACGGUGCAAGAAAAAAUUGCGGAUUGCACGGUGCAAAAAUUAAAAUUUUAAAUUAAAAAUGUUUUUCAUUUUCGAAAAGCUAGUAUUAUAGUUUAUAUUAAAGAUUGUAGACUGGAAAUGCAGUAGGAAAAAUUUUAAGCUGUAGUUUUUAUAUAAAGGGGUGUUUUUAAAUGUUUGAAAAUUUUGAACUGUGCAAAAAAUGAAAUUUUUUGAAUACGAAAAAUUUUUAUUUUGGUCUCAAAUUGAAUAAUAUAGACGUACAAAAAAAUAUUGAAAGUUUUAAGACAGCGUUUUAAUGUAAAAGGUUAAUAUUAAAUUUGUCAAAAGUUUUGCACCGUGCAAAAGGAUAAACCUUGCUUUUUUAACUGCACCGUGCAGAUGAAAUUAAUUUUUGUUAAAAUUGUAUUAAAAAUUGUUUAUGGAUAUAAAUAUGACAUUUUACAAUACUUUAAACUAAUUUUGCCCAAUUUUUAGAGACGGUUGGGACUACCGCGGCCUACAGGAAUUCGACGCCCUAAAGGCAAAAUGUCGAGCAGAGUUGGAAGAACAACUGAAAGACGAAGGUAAAACAAUAGAAGACUUGAUAAGGGAAAAUCAAAAAGAAUUUGGAUACGAGUCGGAUUCAUCAUCUAGCUCAUCAUCAAGUUCGAGUAGCUCAAGUUCGGAUCGAAGAAGCAGGUCAAGGUCCAGAUCCAGGUCAAGAAGUAUUAGUCCAGAAGAUGAAAGACCUAGCUUUGGUGGGGAUAAGCCUGGAAUGUUUGUUAAGUAAGUAUUUUUUGGGCUUUGAGGUGAAAUUUGAUUUUUUUAAAUUUUUGAAUUUUAAAAAAAAUUUUAAAUUUAAAAAUUUUUGAACCUUUUUAAAAAUACUCUGUAUUUUCAGACCGGCCGAUCCAGUAUUCAAAGCUCCAGCACCAGUGAACAAAGGUGCGAUGCUUUUACAGAAAAUGGGCUGGGGCGGUGGCGGCCUAGGCUCGGAAGGCCAAGGCAGAUCAGAAGCCAUCGAUGCCGGAGCUCCGAGAGACAUUCAGGACCAGUUCAGAGGGAUCGGCUCAAAACCAGACAAAUUCGAAGAAUAUCGAAAGCAAAUGAGCAAGAAGUUUGGCGGAUAA